CCGGUCACGUGGGCAGCUGUCUAGUUCUCGUUAUGCGUCUAUAAAUUCUCCUUCUUAUAUGAAGUUGGUCCUUUCCCUAAGUAAGACGCCGUGUUCACGAGUCCAUCAACAGAGUAGCUACGACUUGUCAUAGAAUCAUGGCACAAGACCAGGCUUUUGUGACGUUGGCGACCAAUGACAACUAUGCCAGAGGAGCCAUGGUCCUGGGCAAGUCCCUGAGGAACCACAAGACAACCAGGAAGCUGGUGGUGAUGAUCGGACCCCAAGUCUCUGACCCCUGCAAAGGAGUUCUUCACAAGAUCUUUGACGAGGUCUUGUUGGUGGAUGUGUUGGACAGCGGAGACUCAGCUCACCUGGCCCUGAUGAAGAGACCUGACCUGGGAGUCACCUUCACCAAGCUACGCUGCUGGACCCUUACACACUAUUCCAAAUGUGUCUUCAUGGACGCAGACACACUGGUGGUACAGAACAUAGAUGAGCUGUUUGACAGAGAGGAGCUGUCUGCGGCCCCGGACCCCGGCUGGCCAGACUGUUUCAACUCCGGCGUGUUCGUGUUCCGGCCCUCCGACGAGACGUACAGCAAACUGCUCCAGUACUGCACAGAACACGGCAGCUUCGAUGGAGGAGACCAGGGGGUCUUGAAUGGCUACUUCAGUAACUGGGCAACAGCAGAUAUAUCCAAACACCUCCCCUUCAUCUACAACCUCAGCAGCAUAGCAAUCUACACCUACCUUCCAGCAUUCAAACAAUACGGGGGCAAUGCCAAGGUGGUUCACUUCCUGGGUCAGACCAAGCCGUGGAGCUACACGUACGACCCCACGACCAAGAGGCUCAGCGGGGACAUGCAGGAGACCUCCACACACCCCAGCUUCCUCCUGGACUGGUGGUUCCUCUACUCGUCCUCUGUGGUGCCCAUGAUGGCGGAGGGAUACGGAGACCAGCCCUUCCACUCUGGCUGUGUGGAAGUCCGUCUAGAAUUCCAGUCCUCUGUCAAAGAAAGUUGUGACCACCGUGGUCACUGGCCUGGGUCAUGGUCACAGAUCAUUAGUCACAAGGAAGGUGGCUGGAAGGGAAGCAGCACGUCACAUGACUCCCAUCACACUGAGCCAUACAUGUCACCAGAGACAUCCGAGGAACGCAAGCAGAAAUGGGAGCAGGGCCAGGCGGACUACAUGGGAAUGGACUCGUUUGACAAUAUCCAGAAAAAGCUUGAUGCUUUUCUCAAAUAGAGGAGAAACAGAGUUUGAGUGAUUCAGUUUAGUUAGUUUCUCCCCCUCCCCUCCCACACACACAACUCUCCCAUUUUACCAAUAGUUGGUUCUCCAUAUUAGUGGGCCAUUACCCACCCCAGCUAGAACACAAUUCUGUUACGAUGGGAAACGUUCUGACAUUGUUGGCAGAGGGCAUCCAGCUGUGCAAUCCUUGUAUAGUAUGUUUAUCCUGUCAUAUAUGUACUGUGACGAUUACGACACUGAAGAGCCAAUUUAUUGACCAGCUUUUACAAUACCUAUAUAUAUUUUUUUCUAUUUGUGAAGAAAAUGUUUCGAAUUUAAACCGCAAUAAAAUAAUAAAUAAAUAUGGCCUUGG